AUGGUUAAUCUUAAGACCAAUUAAAUAUAUUUUACACCUAAUUAUUUAUUAUAGGAAAUCUUAUAAUAUUAGUAAUUAGAUGUAAGAGAUGAUUUUGAUAAAAUAAAAAGAGAAAUGGAGAAAUUUGAACCAACUUAAUUUAGAGUAGCCUCUCUAUCUAUUAUUAGCGAAGAGUAUCAAUAACCAAUAAUAUAAAAUAAUCAUCAACAUUUCAUACACUCAUUUUCUGAUAUGCCUAAUUUUGAAUCAUCAAAUUAACCUGCAUCUAUAGAGAUUAAAACAUAUAUUAAUCCAUUUUAUUCUUUAAAGAAUUUGUAAUCUAAAUAUUUUAGGCAUCGGACUGAUUUGACUUUGCCUAAGGCUAUGCAUUCUAUUCCUUGGAAAUCUUUACCUUAAUUAUUAAUUUGUUGA